AUGGCCAACAUGAAUGGAAUUGCUGAUAAUAUUUACCCAUUCCUGGCCAUAACUGUCCUUCAAAUCAUUGAUGGCUUUAGAAUCCCACAUUUUUCUGAUACCGAAGAGAUCCCGUGGAAGGAAACCAUUCUCAGCCAUGAUAACGAAGUACACGAAGAAUCCAGCAGCUGCUUGGAUCAUACCAAUUUGUCCGUACGCCAUCGAGAUAAGCCUGGACGAUAA